UAGGGCCGGUUCUGCUUUGCACAAGACCCCACCCUUACCCUAAGGGUACAUGCAGCGAUGCCCCUCUCCAUGAGGCAGGGCAGGGCCUGCAGAGGCGUGUGUGUGCAGCUACAAAAUGUGGUGCCCCAGGCUGUCCCCAGAGGAGCCUCAGCCUGCUGCGUGAGUGCUGGCAUCUGCUCGAGGGUGGGGUCUCAGAGGCCCCGCCUACCUCCCUGCCCCUGCAGCUGGAGACCCCGCCCACACCCUGUCCCCUGCAGAAAGUUGCAGCUCUCUUUGUCAGCCCAGGGCCAGCGUUCCCCUGAGGGAGUUUUGGAAGGACAGCAGCAGUGGGGAUGGGGCCAGGUGUGGGGCUCCAGCAUCUGUGGACUCCUGCCAGCCCUGUUGCCUGGGUUUGGCUGGCGUGAGAGAUGGGGGGUGGACUUGUUUCUAAUGAUGCUCUAGUAGGGGGCGCUGAGCCCCGUUCGCAUCCAGGUGGGCACUUUUCCCUUCCAAGGGCUGAAGGUCUGGGUGGGGCUGGCUUGGACGUAUCUGGAUCUCAGAUGUGCAGUUGUCUGUCUGGGGACACUGAGACCCGUGCUUCUGCGCAGAGCAGGCAGAAGGCCAGGGCCGGUCAGUCCCUGGAUAGAGCUGGUGGUAAGGAGUUAGGGCAGGAAGGCCAGAUGGCAGAGACCAGCUCUGGCCUUGGCUCAGCCAGGAGGGGGGAUGGAGGUGCCCCAAGCCAGCAGCUCCCUCCUGAGCGCCGCUCGGGUCCUAGGCUGGGAGCCCUUACUGGUGCAUGUGUUCCAGGAGACCCAGCUGGAACCAUGGGGAACAAAGGAGGACAGAGAGGGAGCAGGGCCUCCCCCAAGGGUCUGCAGGGCCGUCACCCCUAGCUGGAGAUGGCAGAGGCUGGAGGCUGACGGGCAGUGAACCCCUGACCAUCCUCCCGCUGACCCUGGAGCCGGAAGCAGUUGCCCAGGCCCACUACAAGGCCUGUGACCGGCUGAAGCUGGAGCGCAAGCAGCGGCGCAUGUGCCGCCGGGACCCGGGUGUGGCCGAGACGCUGGUGGAGGCGGUCAGCAUGAGUGCCCUCGAGUGCCAGUACCAGUUCCGCUUUGAACGCUGGAACUGCACCUUGGAGGGCCGCUACCGGGCCAGCCUCCUCAAGCGAGGCUUCAAGGAGACAGCCUUCCUUUACGCCAUCUCCUCCGCUGGCCUGACGCACGCGCUGGCCAAGGCUUGCAGUGCAGGCCGCAUGGAACGCUGCACUUGCGAUGAGGCGCCUGACUUGGAGAACCGCGAGGCCUGGCAGUGGGGCGGCUGCGGAGACAACCUCAAGUACAGCAGCAAGUUCGUCAAGGAGUUCCUGGGCCGGCGGUCUAGCAAGGAUCUGCGAGCCCGCGUGGACUUCCACAACAACCUCGUGGGUGUGAAGGUGAUCAAGGCCGGGGUGGAGACGACGUGCAAAUGCCAUGGCGUGUCCGGCUCGUGCACCGUGCGGACGUGCUGGCGGCAGCUGGCGCCCUUCCACGAGGUGGGCAAGCGCCUGAAGCACAAGUACGAGACGGCCCUCAAGGUGGGCAGCACCACCAACGAGGCCACCGGCGAGGCCGGCGCCAUCUCGGCCCCGCGGGGCCGGGGCGCCGGGCCGGGUGGCGGCGACCCGCUGCCCCGCACACCGGAGCUGGUGCACCUGGACGACUCCCCCAGCUUCUGCGUGGCCGGCCGCUUCUCCCCCGGCACCGCCGGCCGCAGGUGCCACCGCGAGAAGAACUGCGAGAGCAUCUGCUGCGGGCGUGGCCACAACACGCAGAGCCGGGUGGUGACCCGGCCCUGUCAGUGCCAGGUGCGCUGGUGCUGCUACGUGGAGUGCAGGCAGUGCACCCAGCGGGAGGAGGUCUACACCUGCAAGGGCUGAGCCCCGGGCCUGGCCAGGCUGCUGCAGGGG